ACUGUGCUAAGGAUAAAAAAUCCGAAUCCGGCCCUGUGCUGUCACCCUCGACAGUUGAGGUUAUGUAACAUUGAGGCUAUAUUUACCAAACAAAUCGCUAAAAUGCCUCUCCCUUCGGCUCUAGCGGCCCGUUUGGCAAAAAGGGGGCUGUUGGCUGGCAAAAAAUCGGACGAUCAGACGAAAAAACGCAACUUCAAAGGUUGGUCCACCUGCCCCAACAAAAGCAACAUUUUCCACGAAUGCACCUACUGGUGUGAGACGCACUGGAAGGGUGUUCUGACCCCCGACCCCCGUUACAUGCGAAACAUGCAAAAACUCCUCUUCAAAUACCCCUUGCCCAACAGUUGGACUGAGGUCUUUGACAAGGGAUUGGGGCGUUACUACUACUGGAACAUGGAAAAUGACUUGGUUUCGUGGCUGCCUCCAAGACACCCUAAAUCAGUGAAGACCUUAAGUGCGGCGAAACUUCGCGAGAAACGGGUUCUAGCCGCGGAAAAUGACAAGUCUGAUAAGGGAUCGGACGAUAAUGACUCGGAUGAUGAUGACAGGGGUCAUAAACAUUCGGAUCGGAGGGACAGGGACCGGGAUAGGGAUGACAGGAGGCACAGGAAGGAGGACAGACACGGGAGGAAGAAACGAAGGGAGGAUAUCAUAGACCCCAUGGACCCAGCGGCUUAUUCGGACAUCCCCCAAGGGACGUGGAGUGACGGCCUGGAGAGCAAUAAAACAAGGGCUGAUAAUACGGCUUCUGGAGUCCUCUACCAGCAAAGACCUUACCCCGCUCCUGGAGAAGUCUUAGCUAAUAAUAAUAAAGAAAAAAGCAAGAAAAAAUAAUUGUGUAUUAGUUUAUUAUCAAUAUAUCGCUAAAACCAU